CUGAGCGGCUAAGCGAGCGGUGACCUCUUUGUAACAAAUGGUGAUGAAACUGUAUAUUUUUAUUUGUAAAAGAAAAUUAACGUAUAUUGUUUUCUUUUUUAAAUGACACUAUUAUUUGUAUUCACAUAAAAAUAUUAUUUAAUAUUGGAAAUUAUAAGACUAACUUUUAGUACAUUUUAAUCUGUAAUAACUAAAUACAAUCUUUUAGUCUUAGGUUACAGUAAAAAUAUGUCAAGAAUAUAUUAAUAAUUGAUUGAAUUUCUAUAGAAUAACUUGUAUGAAGGUGCGAUCACUGUAUUACACAAUCCGAAGAAAUUGGAUGUAAUUAACCGAAACAUUUAAAACAAACAUUGAAGUGGAUGUAUCUCUUUAUUAAGAUUAAAAAGUAAUUAAUUAAAAAUGUCUGCUACCGAUUCAUCGAAACCAAUACCGCAAGAAGAAAGCGAAAAAAAAGUAUUUACAAAUAAUGCCAAUUGGGACCAAUUAACUGUUUAUCUUGUUGGCAACCAACAAAGAUUUAGAGAAAAUAUUAUAAUUCCGAGAAAUGUAGGUCCUGUGCAAAUUAAAACCAAUGAAGAGAAACGCAUAGAAAGUAUAAUAGAAAGCUGUACUUUUAAAAGCUUUUGUAGUUGCUGUAUAGGAUAUGGUCUUGGAGCUGCCAUAGGUUUGUUUUCAGCUAGUGUAAAUCCAAAUGUAGCCAUUCUUGAAAAACAACUAAGUGUUCGUGAAACAAUCAAAGAAAUGAAAACUUCAAUGUCAAGUUAUGCAAAAAACUUUGCUAUAGUUGGUUGUGUGUUUGCAGCAAUUGAAUGUACAGUAGAAUCGUAUAGAGGUAAAAAUGAUUGGAAGAAUACUGCAUAUGCUGGUGGCUUCACAGGUGGAAUACUAGGAUUAAGAGCUGGUGUAAAAGCAAGUUUGGUUGGAGCAGCAGGCUUUGCAGCAUUUUCAACUGCGAUAGACUACUAUAUGAUUCAUAAAUUUUAGGCAAUUAAUUGUACAAAUUAUAGUAAAUAUAUUUGUAUAAAAAGAUAUAAAACGU